AUAUAAUUAAAAAGUCCAGGCUACCCUCCUUCGUUGGCAUCCCUAAACUUGUCGUGUUUUCUUCUUCGUCCGAACAAAAAUAAUAGUAAUAAAAAUUUCCCCAUUUAUCUCUCUUUCUUCCAACUCCAUAACCCUACAAAAUCCUCAAAAAGAAAAAAAAAAAAAAAGUUAAACCUCAUUACAUCGAUUGAUCGGGCGGGGAGAUAAGAAAAGAAACGACAUGUCGUGGUUGAGAACGGCGGUGAACAAAGCGGUGGAGGUUGGGAACAAGAAUAACCUCACUCGAAACAUCAAGAACUAUGCGGAUACCGUUGUUCAUCAUGCCGGUCAAGCUGUCGCUGAAGGAGCCAAACUCUUUCAAGAUCGCAUUGGGUCUAGGAGUCUCAAGAGUGGAAAGCAAACUGUGAAAAGAUUGGAGGAAACAGCAACCUCUUGUAGGGGUUCUGAGAGAGUUAUGCUGCUGAGAAGAUGGUUGGUUGCUCUCAAAGAAAUAGAGAAGUUAUCUGGAGCUUCAUCUGAAGGCAGUCAAAAGAGCCUUGAGCAAAUUCUUACUUCUGAAGAUGCAAAGGAGAACCCAAAAAGACCAUCUACGGUCUUGUAUUAUGACUCUGAUGUUGGUGGUGCACCAAUGAAUUUUCGAGAAGUUUUUCUUCAUAGCCAGGCUUUGGAGGGCAUAACAAUAUCUAUGAUUCUUGAAGCACCAAAUGAUGAAGAAAUUUCUCUGCUCCUGGAGAUGUUCAGGCUCUGCCUCACUGGAGGAAAAGAAGUUCAUAAUGCGAUAGUGAGCAGUGUACAAGAUUUAGCUACUGCUUUUUCUAGCUACCAAGAUGAAGUGCUGGUGAAGCGGGAGGAACUGCUUCAAUUUGCACAAAGUGCCAUAACAGGGUUGAAAAUCAAUGCCGAUCUUGUAAGAAUGGAUAUUGAAGCUUCUGAUCUCAAGAAAGAACUCAAUCAGAUGAGUGCUUCCCAGAAACUUCCAGAAGUUCAUGAUCAUACAUCUGAAAAGACAACUACAGCGACUAUUGAGGCUCUUAAAGAAGCACUUGCACAAAUACGAAUCUGUUCCACACUGGAAGGAAUUUUGCUGAAAAAGAAGUCUCUAAACAAUGGAGACUCUCCUGAGAUUCAUGCACAAAAGGUUGAUAAGUUGAAAGUCUUAUCAGAAUCUCUUGCCAACUCUAGUGCAAAAGCUGAGAAACGCAUUUCAGAUCAUAGACUUCAGAAGGAGGAGGCCCUAACUGUUCGUGUGGCCAGAGCAAGUGAAGCUGAUGGAAGAGAGAAGGAAAUAGUAGCUGAGAUUUCAGAACUUGAGAAUCAAAGAGAUGAACUUGAAGCGGAGCUGAAAAAGGUUAAUAUCUCAUUGGCUGCUGCUAAUGCUCGCCUACGCAAUGUAAAGGAAGAAAGGGAUCAAUUUGACAAAGCUAACAAUCAGAUUAUUGCCCAUUUGAAAACAAAGGAAGAUGAACUGUCAAAGUCCAUUUCUGCAUGUAGAGCAGAAGCAGAAGUUCUUCAUACAUGGAUUAAUUUCUUGGAAGAUACUUGGCUCCUCCAGUCCUCGUAUGCAGAAACUAAGAACAAGAUAGUCAAUGAGGAAUUGGAGCAACAUGAGGAUUAUUUUGUGAACAUGGCCAUCACACUUCUAUCUGCUUACAAGAAGGAGCUGGGCCCUUCCAUUAGCCAUAUUGGGAAAUUUGUAGAGAACCUGAAGAAGUUGAGUGAGAGAUCAGAGAUGAUAUCUAGCCCAAGUAAUGAGGAUUCCAAAGAAUUAAACCCGAGUAAACAUCUUGAGGAAGAAUAUUUGGAUUAUGAAGCCAAGAUUAUAACCACCUUCAGUGUGGUGGAUAACAUGAAAGAGCAGUUUUAUGCUCAGCAUGGGACAAUUUCAAGGAAGGAUGACCCCAAGGUUAAAGAGCUAUUUGAUGACAUUGAAAAGUUAAGAGUGGAAUUUGAGUCUGUUGAAAGGCCAAUUUUACAUAUGGAGACUCCAAAAGAUGAUACUCCUACUGAGAAGCUGCAGGAAACUUCAUCUCCACGCCCAACUCUGGAAUUAACACAACCCAAACCUGACACAAAGGAGAAUCCAGAAACACAGCGGCUGCUAGACCCUGCAGCAGAACUGGCAAAGCUUGAGUCUGAGUUUGGGAAGGUUGGCCGAGACUACUCAACAGAGGAGAUAGGUGAUUGGGAGUUUGAUGAACUUGAAAGGGAGUUGAGAUCUGGUGAUUCUGCAUCAGGCAAAUAAAUCAGAUAAAAUUAACCUUGUCUCAAGUAAAAAAUAUCUAAAAAUAUAUGGGCAAGCAUGUGUACUAGUAUGACAUGUAUCAAUAACUACCUGUCAAAAAGCAUCAUUUUAGAAACAAGCACUCUGCUUUAACUUUUGUGAACAUUGGAUGGCGUUUCAAUUUUUUCAUUCUUCUGUAAAUACUUCCAACCUGUAAUAUGUAAUUUAUGAAAAACAUGAAUCAGUAUGGGUGAUGAAUCCCAGGGUAAUUUCUCAAGCCUUCGUCUUCCCCAUCGUAGCCUCAAAACAUUGCUUAUUUGAUUCGAAGUGGAUGGAGGAUCGAUAUUGAUCAUCAUCACCAGAAAAAGGAAAAUGAUUAUAUGUUGCUGUACAUGACAAGUCCCUACCUUGAAAGAACAGAUGGAUGAACAAGGAGGAUGUAGGGUUUUGAAAGCUUUGGUGAUUUUGGUGAAAAUAAUGGUGAACCCCAUGAAAAGAACAUUAGCUGUAUUGAAAAGGUUUCCUGAUAUAGAAGUUCUUAUUGUCUUAUCUUUAGAAUAGCAACAUUAUUUUGCAGGGACCUUCAAUGCUUACAACACGAGGGAACAAAAGUUA